AUGAAGCAUCUCUUCUUCUUCUUCUUCCCAUUUUUGCUUCUAAUUCUUCAAUUCUCUCUCUGUAAUUCCAGUUACCUUAUCUAUGGCGAAGCGCUCUCCAAAUCAAUCAUGUUUUUUGAAGGCCAGAGAUCUGGUUUUCUUCCUAACGACCAGAGGAUCAAUUGGCGCGGGAAUUCGGGACUUGGAGACGGUUCGGCCGUCAAUGUCGACCUCACGGGAGGUUACUAUGACGCUGGAGAUAAUGUCAAGUUUGGUUUCCCUAUGGCAUUUACGACGACGAUGCUGGCGUGGAGUGUGAUUGAGUUUGGUGAAAUGAUGCCGCCGCCGGAAUUGAGGAAUGCGCUGGUGGCGAUUAGGUGGUCCACUGAUUAUUUGCUCAAGAUGGUGGCGCAACCAGAUCGGAUUUUUGUACAGGUUGGUGAUCCAAUUAAGGACCAUAACUGUUGGGAAAGGCCAGAGGAUAUGGACACGGCUCGGACCGUAUACAUGGUGGAAGCACCAAAUCCAGCUUCCGAUGUGGCUGGAGAGACAGCAGCGGCUUUAGCCGCUUCAUCCAUGGCAUUCCGGUCUUCUGAUCCUGGCUACUCGGACACCCUCCUAAGAACAGCUAUCAGAGUUUUUGGUUAUGCUGAUACUUACAGGGGGGCCUACAGCGAUAACACAAACAUUAGGGAUGGUGCUUGCCCAUUUUACUGUGAUUUUGAUGGAUAUCAGGAUGAGUUGUUAUGGGGAGCAGCAUGGUUAGGAAGGGCUUCUGGGGAUGAAAGAUACCUGGAUUACAUACAAAGCAAUGCUAAAAGUUUGGGUGCUGAUGAAAAUAUUAAUGAGUUUGGAUGGGACAAUAAGCAUGCUGGCCUUAAUGUUCUUGUUUCCAAGGAAGUUUUGGAAGGUAAAUCGUAUGAUCUGGAGUCUUACAAAGCAUCUGCGGAUAGCUUCAUGUGCACACUAAUACCCGAAUCGUCCUCUUCUCACAUUGCAUACACUCCGGGAGGCCUAAUUUACCGACCGGGUGGAAGCAAUUUACAACAUUCAACUUCAAUCACAUUCCUCCUACUAACUUACGCCAAUUACCUAGAGCGAUCCUCAACUUCCAUAAAUUGCGGUACCAUAAGCGUGGGACCCACUAAGCUUCGUGUAAUCGCCAAACGCCAAGUGGAUUACAUCCUAGGGGAAAACCCCAAGGGAAUGUCGUAUAUGGUAGGGUAUAGCGAUAGGUAUCCGCAACGGAUUCAUCAUCGAGGCUCGUCCAUACCCUCCAUCAAAGACCAUCCGCAAUUUAUCGGGUGUAAAGAAGGCUCCAUUUAUUGUAACUCGUCCAAUCCCAACCCAAACGUUUUGGUUGGGGCCCUGGUCGGUGGACCCCAGGAAGACGAUGAGUAUGAGGAUGAUCGAUUUGAUUUCAAAAAAUCCGAGCCCACAACCUACAUUAAUGCACCGUUUGUUGGAGCUUUAGCAUUUUUUGCCGCUAAUCCUAACCCCAUUUAGCGGAUCUACAGUUUUUUACGUUAUGACAUCAAAUCGGAUAUCAUCGGAGUACGGUUAUUUCUCGUUUCCGAGUGGAUAUUAGGCAAAAGGGUAAACAUUUUAGAUGGGUAGGGAAGAAAAGUCUCUCAUCUUGUGCUAAAAGCCAAGAGGGAAGAGAUAGCUUAAU